GCCGAGCUUGGAGCCAGUUGCCCAGCGUUGAUGAUGUGAGCGCCCGGCAGCGUCGAAACCUUCAUUCAACAUCCGUCAGACUUGGGCCUCGUACAUUGUCGACGAUCCUUCUCUCUCUCUACGCUCUCUCUCUCUACGUUUCCUUAUAUCUUUUUGAUUAUCAUCUCUUUCUUCUCUUUCACCUCCUUAUUUGUUUUUUGAAACUUGCGCGCCGCGUAUUCUUUUGUUUUUCCUACUCCUGCCGGCUCCUUGGGCCGCUCCUGUUUGUUUCUCUCUCCACUUCGUGAUCGCUCGGCAGAGAGCGGGAAAGUUGCCAACAAAAACGGAAAAACUUUUUUUUGGGGGGGACGAGAAAGAGAAUUGACGACGUCCUCGACACAACGACACGACACGACAGUCGUCCGGCUCAUUUGCGUCCGACUUGGCCGUCUCCGCCUUGAUUUCGUCGUCGUGAAAUGUGCCGUUAGCCAUUGUUUCUCCACACCAGCGUCAUACCAACGCAUCUACUUUGUGCUCUCCCCUGUGUGUGCUCAUCUUCGCAGACUCUCACUCUCUCUCGUGACUCUUUUCCCGCUCCUGUGAAGUGCGGACGACUGCGGUAGUCCAGCCGAGGGAAGACAAUCGCCGACGGCCGGAUUCGUCACGCCCGAUUCAACGCCCGAUUCAACGCCCAGUGAGAAUGGAGGCCUCGGCCCAGGACGAGUACGUCAGCGACUUUGACCUGGAACAUUUAGAAGAAGUGGUCAAGCGGGAAAUGCUGGAACAGAGACGCAACGCCGAAGCCGCUUACGCCCUUCACUACCAAAAUCUGCAGCCGCCGGUCCAGCAGCCUCAAUCCCAACCGCCUCAACAACAACAACAACAACAACCGUCGCCAACGGUAGCCCAGCAAGUGCCGCAGCAAGUGCACGUCGUCUCGCACCACUCGGCGGCGGCGGUGGCCGCCAUCCAACAACCCGCCGUCCCACUCAAACAUCAACUCCAGGCACCGGCUACCCCACCCGACACACCACCCGGCCAACCUUGCAGCAUUAUGUCACCGGCAUCUCCUUUUCAACACCAACAGCAGCAGCAGCAGCAGCAACAACAACAACAACACGGGCAUCACUCUCAACAUUCACACGCCCAGCAACAACAACAGCAGAUCCAACAGCAACAACAAGGACAGGCCUCGGCUUCCGUCUCCACCGUUCCCGUGCUCCCCAUCGGUCCCGGCAGUUUGGAAGUCAUCCAGCACAAAGCAGGAAUGAGUGGAGGAUCAGACGAAUUCUUGUGGGUGACGGCCUCAAUGCGCUACGGUAACGCCGUGCCGCCGUUGCAGAUCCACCAGGAGCCGCUGGAUUUGCGGCCGCAGGGAUCCGAGUCACCGCUGGACGAUCCUCACGCCGCCUGGGUCCAUCACGCCAGCUUGCAGCAUCAGCAGCAGCAACAGCACCAGCACCAGAUCCAGCAGCAACAGCACCAACAGCAGCCACCGACUCAACAUCUUCUGGGACGUCGAGACUCUUACUCGGAAGGUUCCAUCGCUCAUCUCCACCUGCCCGGCUGCCAUCCUAGCCAGCAUCACCAUCACCAGGUGCCGCGUGGGUGUGGUUCCAACUCUUCUAGCGACAGUUCGACGUCCGACUCGGAGAUGGGCGGUCCGAGCAGCAACGGCGGCAUGGUGGUCGGCCUGGGUCCAAAUUCGGGCGGCCAUCACCAUCACCACCACCAUCACCAUCACGGCGGUUCAGGGGGCAACGACCUGCUGGACGACGACGCGCUCAUCUCCCUCUCGGUCCGCGAACUCAACAAGAAGCUCAACGGCUUUCCCCGCGAGGAGGUGGUGCGGCUCAAGCAGAAGAGGCGCACGCUGAAGAACCGCGGCUACGCACAAAACUGCCGCUCCAAGCGAAUGCAACAGCGUCACGAGCUCGAAAGCGCCAACACCGCCCUCAAGGCCGAAAUCCAACGAAUGCGACUGGAACUGGGCCGAGUGGCGCAGGAGCGCGACAGCUACAAACAGAAAUGCGACGCCAUCCAUCGCGUCAACCAGCAGCACGGCAAUCACCAGCAACAUCAACCGCAACAGCAGCAACAGCAGCAGCAACAGCAGUCGAAGAGCAACCGAACGGCCGGCUCCCAAAUCAACGACGGUCCAACCAGUUACUACCUGUGAAGUCAACCAAAAAUCAUUGAAAAUAGAAAAGAAAAGAAAAAGAAA